AUGGCGAUGAUUACAGGCUGCACUCGUCGCCUUACGGCGAAGGUGAGGUCCGUGAAGGCACUUCCCUCCGGCCUUUGUGCAUCCCGCUGCCUGUCGCCGUUGGGCCCUAUGAUGCUGCAGCAGCGACAGCUGCACCAGAGCACGCCUCGUUUCAAUACUGCAGUCAACCCGGGCUGGCCAGUGAUGUGGACGAACGUUUACGACAAGCCCGGCUGGGACACGGACCUGGAGCUCGAGUAUGACGUGAUGCCACGUGAUGAGUUCGGCGUUCCUGCACAUAUCCCACCGGAGAUUUCUACGACCAUCCGCCACAC